GUGUUUUACCGUACGCUAUCAAGUCUAUACCAGGAAUCAUGCCGAGUCAGUACGGAUACCCGACACAGUAUGUGUACCCGGCGUCAUACAUCACAGCGGCGUCACCGACCUCACCUGUACUCACCACACUACCAGCCACCAGCCCACUUUCCCCCACACCUGCUGGAACACCCACACAGUACGCCAUAGACUACGCCGCUGCAUACUCCGCAGCCACAGCGGCCCAGUUCGCAGCUGCCGGAUACGAC